AUGUCGAUACCAAUGGAUGCGGCCGCGAAGGCCGGCGCCGACUCGCCCGCCGCCCAGGUGCCGAACUUGAGCAUACAGGAGCUCAACAUGGUCAUAUUACGUUUAGAAGAGGAAGUCAACCAGAUGCAGACUCUGGUGAACGUGCUCACCGUUGCUGUCGAGCGGUUCCAGGAGUCCAAAAGCUGCUUAGACGAACUCUCUGAUCGCAAACACGAGAUCCAGGUGCCGCUAACUUCUCUUGUCUACGUGCCAGGCGAGAUUGCGAACCCCGGUAAGGUGCUAGUUGCCAUUGGAACGGGUUAUUACAUUGAGAUGAGCAUGGACAAGGCCCAUGAGUUUUACGAACGUAAGAUUGGCGUCGUGGAGGACCAGUUGCGGAAGCUUCACGCCAUAUGUUCGUCAAAGAACAAGCAAAUUACGCAGACAUACUCACUGCUCGACCACAAGCUGAACAUUCUGCGCAAUGCCCAGGCCGCUGCGCCUGCUGGCGGUGCUGCGUGA